CGCUAUCGUGGCCGGGGCGACCUUCGCCCCCGCGCCGCCCGGGCCAGGGCGAGCCAAUGACUGUCGCGAUCUGGGGCAUGUGACAGGGGGCGGGCCCUUCGCCGGAAGGGUGAGGUGAGGCGAGCGGCCGGGUCGCGCGGUUUCUACGUAUGGAUCAGAAACUUUCAGAGUUGGUGGAAGAGCUCACGACUUCAGGAGAGCCCCAAGUGAAUCCCGAGAAAAUGAAGGAGCUGAAGAAAAUUUGCAAGUCUUCAGAGGAGCAGCUUGGUCGCACCUACCACCUGCUGAUGGCCCAGCUGAGCCAGGAGCACGCCGAGGUCCGCCUCUCCGCUUUCCAGGUCCUGGACCAGCUCUUUGCCAGGUCUCACCAUUUCAGGAUGCUAGUCGUUUCCAACUUCCAGGAGUUCCUGGAGCUCACACUGGGCACCGACCACGAGCGGCCCCUGCCACCGCCCAGAGAGGUGGCACAGAAGCUGAGGCAGGCCGCCACCCGGGCCAUCCGCGGCUGGAACGAGAAGUAUGGUACAGCCUAUAAGAAGCUGGCCUUGGGCUUCCACUUCUUAACGCACAACAAACAGGUAGAUUUCCAAGAUGUGGGCGCUAGGACUCUGGCGGAGAGAAAGCGAGCAGAGGAGAAACAGAAGCGGUUGGACAGAAUCUACAAGGAGAGGUCUGAGCAGGCCGCGCGGGAGAUGGAAGAAAUGUCCGGGGAGAUCCGGAGCUGCCUCAUGGAGCUGGAGAGCUGCUUCCGACUGCUGGUGCCCUUUGACCUCGACCCGACCCCGGGGGCUGCCUGGCCCGCCAUGGCCGAGGAGGGUGGCAGGGAUGAGGAGCAGCCCUGCUGCAGCAAGACCCUGGCCGCCUGCACCCGCCGCCCGGGAGCCGCGGGUGUGGAGGGCCCGCCCGCGGAGGACAGGGACGAGGACAGCGACCCCGAAGGCUUUGUGCGGCAGCACGGGCUGGGCUCCCGCGAGUACACGCUCGAGGUGGAGCUCUCCUCAGACAGCGUGAAGGUGCACGAGGAUGAGGACAACCUGGUCAUCAUCCACGUGGUCCGGGACACGCUCAGGCUCAUCCAGAACAAGUUCUUGCCAGCCGUGUGCUCCUGGGUCCAGCUGUUCACCCGCGCAGGGACACGCGGCAGGCACUUGGAGGGUGCUAUCGACCUGAAGGCCGAGCUGGAAACCGCCCUGAGGCGAUCUCGGGAGCUGGAUGUCAUGCCCGAGGAGGGCUGCAGGAGGGAGGCGGCAGCCCCGCGGGACGAGGAUGAGGACGACGAGGACUUCGUGGAGGUCCCGGAGAAGGAGGGCUAUGAGGCCUGCGUCCCUGAGCACCUGCAGUCUGAGUGUGGGCUGGAGAAAGACCCGGCCACGCCGGCCUCGCAGGCGAGGAAGAGGACGCGGAGCAGUGAGGAGGCCUGCGACCCCACCUCUGCGGCUGCCCAGCUGCACUGGCUCCAGCGCCACUUGCCCCCGGCCUCACCCCCGAGCCCCAGGGUGCCGCUGGGUCCAGAGGAGGCCAAGAAGCUGGCGGCAGAGCGGGCCCGGGCACCUGUCGUGCCCUUCGGGGUGGACUUGUGCUACUGGGGCCGAGAGGAGCCGAUGGCUGGGAAGAUCCUCAAGUCCGACUCGGAGCACCGCUUCUGGAAGCCCCGCGAGGUGGAUGCGGAAGUAGAGAGUGCCGCUGUCUCUGAGUCUCUCCGGAGCCGCCAAAUCACCUUUGCGGGGCGAUUCGAGCCCGUGCAGCACCGGUGCCGUGCCCCCCGGCCCGACGGCCGGCUCUGCGAGCGCCAAGACCGCCUUAAGUGCCCUUUCCACGGGAAGAUCAUCCCGAGAGAUGACACGGGACGGCCCCUCCAUCCAGAGGACAGGGCCCGCGAGCAGAAGCAGAAGCAGCAGCUGCAGAGGCAGGGGGGGCGCCCAGCCUGGCAGGACCCUGAGCUCAUGAGGGACGUGGAGGCAGCCACUGGGGUGCAUCUUGGCUCAUCCAGGCCCGGUGGGAAGGGCAGGCGGCGGCGGUCCGGCCUCACCGACCUCAAGCGGCAGGCGGACACGGCGCGUGCACGCAUCGCCAAGAAGGUCUUCGCCAAGGCCGCUGUGCAGAGGGUGGUCACAGCCAUGAACCAGAUGGACCGGAAGAAGCAUGAGAAGUUUGCAAACCAGUUUAACUACGCGCUGAAUUAGAGCGCCAGGCCGGGUCCACUCUGAUCGUCAGCUCCUCUUCUUCUGCUGAUGAGCUAGGAUGGGAAGGCAGACCCGGGUCUGGGCUAUAACAACAGCCACAAUUAUAGUGUGUAUUUAACGUGAAGAAAUGGUGCACUUUCUGCUUCAAGCGCCCCAGAGGUGUGGACUCUCCCCUGCUGCGGGGGACCACGGCCAUCGCUUAUGGGUCUGACUGCCUAGUAGCCCGGGGUGAACUCGGGUAACCGUGUCCACAGGUGGGUGUCUUGUACAGCCUGUGCCCUUUGUGGUGUGAUUCAGGGUCGCUCAACGUCCAAGACGAGUGCGCAGCCUCCAGCCCUGCCCCCCAGCCUUCUCCGCCUCGGAGGAAAACCCACAUUUCACGUUGACACGAAGGGGAGCCAGCUGUUUGCUCUCGGCGUUUCCAGCUCAUAGGCCUGCUGGCGGUGGUUCCACGUCAGAAUGCAGGGAACUACCUCACUCUUGGUUCUUCUAAAAUCAACUUUAUUGAGACGUAACUCACGUACUCUAACGUUCACGCUUUUAAAGCGUACAGUUCGGUGACGUUAAAUACACUCACAGUGUUGUAUAGUCUCCACCACUGUCUACUUCCAGAACUUUUCAUCACCCUAAAAGAAACCCUGCUCCCCCAGCCCCGGCCCUCUCUGGUCUCCUGUUUCUGGAUUUGCCUUUGCUGGACGUUUCCUGUGAAUGGAGUCAUAGCAGCCUGUGGCCCUUUGUGUCUGGCUGCCUUCACUUAGCACAGAGUUUUCUGGGUUCUUCCCUGCUGGGGCCUCUGUCCGUGCAUCAUUGCUUUUUAUGACCGGAUAACUCACCACUGUAUGAACAUACUGCACUUUGUUGAUCCGUUCAUUGUGGACACUCGGGUUGUCUGCACUUCGGGGUUAUUAUGCAUGGUGUUGCUAUGACCAUUUGUGUACAAGUUUUUGUGUGGGCGUAUAUUUUCAUUCCUUUUGGGUUUAUACCUAGAAGUGGAAUGGCUGGGUCACGUGGUCACUCUGUGUUUAACUUAUUGAUUGAAUUGCCAAAACAUUUUCCAAAGCCGCUGCACCGUUUUCUGUCCCCACCAGCAGUGUAUUAGGGUUCUCGUUUCUCCAUGUUCUUGCCAACAUUUGCUUUUAUCAGUUUUCUUAAUUUUAGCCAUCUUGGUGUGGAGUGGCGUAUCAUUGUGGUUUGAUUUGACUAAGGAUUUUGAACAUCUUUUCAUGUACUUAUUGGCCAUUUGUGUAUUUUCUUUGGUGAAACAUCUAGAUCCUUUGCCCAUUUUAAAUUGAAUUGUUGUUUUCAGUUGUAAAAGUAAUUUAUAUAUUCUGGAUACUAGAUCCUUAUAUGAUUUGCAAAUAUUUUCUCCCAUUCUGUGUUUUCACUUUCUUGAUGGUAUUCCUUGAAACACAAAAAUUAUGAAUUUUGAUGAUACCCAAUAUAUCUAUUUUUCCUUUUGUAACUUGUGAUUUUGGUGUCAUAUCCAAGCAGCUCUUGCUUACUCUAAGGUCACGAAUAUAUACUCCUAUGUUUUCUUCUAAGAGUUUUAAGAUGUAGCUGUUCAUUUUAGGUCUUUGGUCCAUUUUGAGUUAAUUUUUUUUUAAAUUUUAUUUAUUUACCUUUUAUUUAUUUAUUUUUGGCUGCGUUCUUUGUUGCUGCACAUGGGCUUUCUCUAGUUGGGGCGAGCGGGAGCUAUUCUUCAUUGCAGUGCACGGGCUUCUCAUUGUGGUGGCUUCUCUUGUUGUGGAGCACAGGCUCUAGGCACUCGGGCUUCAGUAGUUGUGGCUCUCAGGCUCUAGAGCGUAGGCUCGGUAGUUGUGGCUCGUGGGCUCUAGAGCGCAGGCUCAGUAGCUGUGGCACACGGGCUUAGUUGCUCCGUGGCACGUGGGAUCUUCCCGGACCAGGGCUCGAACCUGUGUCCCCUGCACUGGCAGGCGGAUUCUUAACCAGUGCGCCACCAGGGAGCCCCAUUUUGACUUAAUUUUUGUCUGUGCUUCAUUCAUGUGGCUCUUCAGUUGUCUCAGCAUCAUUUGUCGAAAAGGUUAUUCUUUCUUCCAUUGAAUUGUGUGCACUUUUCUUGAUCAUCAAUUGACAAUAAAUGUGUGAAUUUACUUCUGGACUCUCACUUCUCUUCCCUUGACCUAUAAAUCCUAUGCUACUGCUACAAUGUCUUGAUUAAUGUAGCUUUGUGGUAAGUUUCGAAAUCCUCCAACUUCGUUCUUUUUAAACAUUGUUUUGGCCAUUCUGGGUCUUUUGCGUUUCCAAACAAAUUUUUGAGCCACCUCAUGUGUCUGUCGCUCUUGCUAAAAAUAAAGAGUAAUGGAAUCUCACAAAUAAAUGAAUGAUCGAAUGAAUGAAUGAAUUUGUGCCACCAAACAAAAAGGGCAUCUGAGAUUUUAGGGAUUGUGUCGACCCUAGAGAUCACUUUGGAAAGUCUAGCUGACCUUUGAAAACCACGGGUUUGAAGUACACAGGUCCACUUACACAAGGACUUUUUCAGCAGUAAACACUGCAGGGCCACAUGAGCCAUGGCUGGUUGACUCCUUGGAGGAGAACCACAGGCGCAGGGGCUGAGGGUGCGGUACACGUGGAUUUCUGACUGCCUGGAGGGUAGGCUCGGUAGGCUCGCCUAAACCCUGAGACGUUCAAGGGCCACGUGUAAUGUCAUUUUAAUCUUAAAUUUUCUAAUUAGUGAACUUAGAAUAUCUUUUCAUUUGUUUAGGUUUUCUUUAUAUUUUCUCCAUGUUUUGCAGUUUUCAGUGUACAAGUUUUGCAUUUAUUUUGUUAAAUUUAUUCUUAAAUGUUUUAUCCUGUUUGAUGUCGUUGUAAAUGCAGCUGUUCUCUGAAUGUCAUUUUUGGAUUGUUCAUUGCUAAUGCCUAGAAAUACAACUACUUUUCUUAUGUUGGUCUUACAUCCUGAACCUUGCUGAACUCACUUAUUAGUUUAAUAGUUGUAUGUGUGUGUAGGUGUCUUAGGAUUUCCUGUACACACUCUCACGUCAUCUGCAAGAGAAAGUUGUAUUUCUUUCUUUGCAAUUUGGAUUUCUUUUAUUUCUCUGUCUUGCCUGGGGCUCUGGCUAGAGCCUCAGCACAGUGCCAGAUAGAGCUGGAGAGCGCAGACAUCCUCGUCUUGUCCCUGAUCUGAGAGGAAAAGCUUUCAGUCUUUUACCAUCGAAUGUAAUGGUAGCUGGUUUUUUUGUAGAUGGCCUUGUAUCAGGUUGAGGAAGUUUCCUUAUGUUCUUAGUUUGUUGAGUGUUUUUGUCGUGAAGGGAGUUGAGUUUUUGUCAAAUGCACUUUCUGCAUCUGUUGAAAUGAUCGUGUGGUUUUGGUCCUUCAUUCUUUUCGUAUGGUGUGUUACAUUGUUUUUCAUAUGUUGAACCGCACUUGCAUUCAUGGGAUAAAUCCCACGUGGUCAGUUUCAGUAGUCUGUAUAUUUCUAGGAAUUUGUCCAUUUCAUCUAGGUUAUUUGUUAUCGUUUGUUGACAUAACAGUUGUUCAUAGCAUUACUUUAUAGUCAUUUUUAUUUCUGUAAGGUUGAUAGUAAUGUCUCUUCUAUCAUUCCUGAUUUUAGAAAUCUGAGUCUUCUCUCAUUAAUUUUCUUGGUUAGUCUAGCUAGAGGGUUAUCAGUUUUACUGAUCUAUUCAAAGUUGUUUUUCUCUAUUAUUUUUCAUUUUUUACUUAAUUUCCACUCUAAUGUUUAUUAUUUCCAUUGAGUUGCUUUGUGUUUAGUAGUUUUCAUUCUUUUUCUAGUUUCUUAAGUGGAAGUUUAGCUUAUUGACUUGAGCCCUGUCUUCUUUGUAACGUAGGUGUUUACAGGUAUGGAUUUCCAUCUAAGUACUGCUUUAGCUUCAUCCCGUACGUUUUGGUAUGUUGUGUGUCCAUCUUUAUCUCAAAAGUAUUUACUAACUUCUCUUGUGAUUUCUUACUUUACCCACUGUUUAUUUAGGAGUUGGUCCUUUAAUUUCCACAUCCUUGUGAAUUUCCCAAACUUCCUUCUGUUAUUUGAUUUCUCAUGUCAUUCUGUGUAGCCAAAGAACACGUUUUGUGUGCUUUCAGUUCUUUAACAUUUGAGACUUCUGCUCUAUCCUGGAGAGUGUUUUAUGUGCAGCUGAGGAGAUGAGUAUUCUGCUGCUGAUGGGUGUUCUGUCAGGUCUGUAGCUGGUUUAUAGUAUUGUUUGAGUCUCCUUUUCCUUGUUGAUCUUUACCCCAGCAGUGAAAUCCCUUAUUGAAAGUGGGGUAUUGAAAUCUCCAGCUGCUGUUUAAUUGCCUGUUUCUCCCUCUGUCAGUUUCUGCUUUGUGUAUUUUAGGGCUCUGUUAAGUGCAUAUGUGUUUAUACUUACUUCUCCGGAAGGGCUGGCCCUUCGCAGCACAGCCUUCUCUGUCUCUAGGACCAGUUUUUGCCUUAAGGUGUCUUUCGUAUGAGUUAGCUUAGCUUCUGGUUGUUUGCAUGGUAUAUCCUUUUCCAGCCUUUCACUUGCAUCAUAUCUCUGAAUCGCAAGUCUUAGGGACAGCAUAUAUUUGAUCAUGUUUUUAUAUCUGUUCUACCAAGUCUCUGCUGCUUGAGUGGAGUGUUUAAUCUACUUACCUUUAAUGUAAUUGCUGAUAAGGUAAGAUUUAUGUCUGCCGUUUUUCUGUUUUUCUACAUAUCUUUUUAAAUCUUUCUUCCUCUGUUACCUUUUUUUCUUGUGUGUUAAAUGGCUGUUUAUUCCCUUGUAAUACUUUAAUUCCCUUGUGUCUCUACCACUGUUUUUUAAGUAAUUUUUUUCAGUGGUUGCUUUGAGGAUUACAAUGAACAACUUAAUACAACCUAGUUUGGAUUAAUAACAACUUAAUUUCAGUAAUGUACAAAAACUGCUCCAUUAGAGCUCUGUUUCCUUCCAGCUCUUUUCUGCUGUUUUUGUCAUACAAAUUGCAUCUUAAUAGAUUAUAAGCCCAUCAGCAUAGUUUUGUAAUUAUUGCUUUAUGUAGUUGUCUUUUAAAUCAGAUAGGAAAAGAAAAGGUUUACAAACACAAGCACAUUUAUACUGUCUUUUAUCUGGCUCUGUAGUUCCCUUUCCCAGUGCCCUAAUUUCUCUUUGAGGAUUUGAAUCUGGUAUCUUUCACUUCAACCUGAAGCACUCCCUUCAGUGUCUCUUGUAGGGCAGGUCUGCUAGCAGUGAAGUCUUUUCAUUUUUGUCUCUCUGGGAAUGUCUUCAUUUCUCCUUCGUUUUGAGGAAUAGUUUUGCUGGAUGUAGAAUUCUUGGUUUAACAGUCUUUUUCUUGCAACACUUUUUUUUUUUUUUUUUUUUUUGGCGGUACGCGGGCCUCUCACCGCCGUGGCCUCUCCCGUUGCGGAGCACAGGCUCCGGACGCGCAGGCUCAGCGGCCAUGGCUCACGGGCCCAGCCGCUCCGCGGCAUGUGGGAUCCUCCCGGACCGGGGCACGAACCCGUGUCCGCUGCAUCAGCAGGCGGACUCUCAACCACUGCGCCACCAGGGAAGCCCUCUUGCAAGUCAUCCCACAACCUCGUGGGCUGCAGGGUUUCUGGAGAGAAGCUAGCUGUUAGUCUGGAAAGAAGGCUUGAACCACGAGUUGGGUUUUUAAUUGCUACUUUCAAGAUGCUCUGUUUGUCUUUAUGCUCCGUUUUAACCACCAAGUGUCUAGUUAAGGUCUCUCUGUGUGUGUCCUGCUUGGAAUUUGUUGAGCUUCUUGGUUGUAGAGAUUGUUUCUCAUCAAACUUGGCCACUGUUUCUCCUGAGAUUCUUUCUGUCCUGUUCCCUCUCUCCUCUCCUCUCCUCUCCAUCAUGUAUACACACUUGGUUGAUGGUAUCCCUUGGCCUCUGAGGCCUGUUCAGUUUUCUUCGUUCUUUUUACUGUGUCUCAGACUGGACCUGUUGACGUAUCUUCAAGGCAGCUUAGUGAUUAGCUAAUGAUUGGACAGAGAUUUCCUUAAAUGCUUUGAUCCAGUGAGUCUGGUGGUUUCCCGACUAGCUGUGUGUGCGUGUGUCUGUGUUGGGCACACCUUCAGCGCUCUGCCAGCCGGUUGCUGACUCUGCCUUGGCUCUCACUUCAUGAAUGUUUUGGUCUUUGCUCUAUGAGAAAGUAGCGUGUUAUAGUUUUAAUUGACGUUUCUCUUACGAGUGAGAGCAAGCAUUUUUCAUAAUGUUAAAGCAUUCGUUGUUUAUCCUUUUGUGUGAAUUGUAUUCCAUACCCUCUGCCCAUUUUUCUGUUAGCUUAUUGGUUUCUUAUUAAGCCGUGGGAGCUCUUUAUUCAGUAACGAGCUGUACAUGGUGAGUCACGAAUGUUUCCUCAUUUUAUCUCUGACUUCGCUUAUGUUGUUUUCGCCAUGUAGAUUUUUUAUGCAGAUGAAUUUAACCAACUUUUCAUGGCUUCUGCUUUUGUAUUCCUUCCCCACUCAAAGAUUGUACCAAAAAAUUCUUCCAUCUUUUCUUCUAGUACUUUUAUAGGUUGCAUUUUCAUGUUUAAGUCACUGAUCAACUUAACAUUUAGUCUGAUAUAAAAUAUGGCUCUGGAAAUUCAGUUUUUUAUUUUAAAUACCCAUCCAGCUGUCCCAACACCAAUAAUGAAUUCAUUUGUUUUUGCAAAUUUAAAAUACUGCCUUUAUCGUUUAUUGAAGUCCCUGCGUACAGUGGUUCUAUUUCUGAACUUUGUUCUAGCUCAUCAACUCGUCUGCCUGUUUAUAUGUCAUCAUACUGUUGUACUUACUGUGCCUUGGUAGUACAUGCCUAUGUCAAAGCCUCUUGUGUUUCUGUUCUCUGUUGUAUAACUUCAGGUGAAGUUACAUAACUAGUGUUUCUAUAAAAUUUAAUUCAUGACUGA